AUCUCUCUGUGUGUAUGUAUAUUAGCCGUCUCUGAGCUAUCAGUCACACACACACACUUGCGAUUAAAUAUGGCUUCAGUUUCUUCAUCAUCGGCGGCGAGAUCACUCAUCCGCGAUGGUAGAUCAGCGGUGAAUCUACUCCUCCGUGCACGUACGGCCAAUCUCACUGAGACAGUGCAGAACAGUGGACCGGGCAUUCGGUCUCUGCUUCGGGUUAACCAGACUAGCCAAUACCCGUUUUUCCGUGCAACAUUUCCGGUAAUGCAAACCGGUUUGCGUGACGGCGUGGUACAGCAGGAGGACGUUUCGGCGAGAAUAGGGAAAAUGGAGGCGGCUCAUGGAAAGCGAGUGGUGAACAAUAACGAGGACGUCGAUUCGGAAGAAGAGGAGACAGAUUUUGAUGAGGAUGAGAUUGAUGACAUGGAUAUCGACGACGAUGAUGAGUUUGAUGAAGACGAUGAUGAGGAAGAGGAAGAAGACGAAGACGAGGUCAAUCACACAAGAAAAAAUAAGUAAAAAUAUAAAAAUGCCUCUUAGUUGACUAGUACUUGGCAAAGACUUAAAACCUUCUUGAUGGAAUUGGUUCUAAAAUGAGCAUUUCUUCUUGUUUUGUCUCGUGAUAUUUUUUUUUUCUCACA